ACUGUGAACUUUACUACUAUACAAGAACACCUUAGCAGUGUAGAUGUUACUACUGAGACAUACCGUAGCAACAUUACUACUACUGGCACAGAGAAUGACACUCACAGUUAUGUAAGAAUUACAAAUAUGGUAUCAACUUUUACUGAACCGUCUCCAACAGCCAGAGAUCAAUUGAGUAGCAUGCAUCCUUUUACUAAGGAAGAGUUGAACAAAGAGAUUACCACAACUGAGGAAAAUUUAAGAAUAACAGACACAUCUACUACUGAAGAGCAACCUAUCGAUAUUGAUACAAUCACAACCACAAAAUAUCCCUUAAAUGUUAUCACGACUGAAAAACAUCGCAGCAGUGUAUGGGCUACCACACCUGAAGAGGAUUUAAUUAGCGGAGUUGUUAGCACAGAUACUCAAGAAAUGUUAAUCAAUAAUACUUUUGCAACUGAACUUCCAAACAGUUUAUCUACUUCAAACGAACAGCAAUGGAAUAAGUUUGAAACUACAGUGACUGAGGAGGAAUUGAAGGAAGCUUCUACUGCUUUGGAAUCAACAUCUAGCUCUAUAACAGAAUCUACAUUAACCUCUGUACCUCCUCGUGAAUCUAGAAUUGAAAAUUCUACCAUGUUUGAUUAUUCCUCUUCAAAUAAAGUGUACUCAACGACGACUAGUCCAACAACCAAGCCGGUGUUUCCAGACGAUCAGGUGGUAAACUACUGUAACGGUGGAGAUGGAAUCUUUCCAGAUAACAAAAAUUGCUCAAUGUUUGUCCGCUGCUUCAGUGGGUCCCCAUACUUUCAAUCAUGUCCGAAAGGGCUCUAUUACAAUCCGACAAAAAGGAGUUGCGACUUCGAUGGAGAGUGUGGCUCUGAACCACUAGUUCCCAGUUCUCGAAGUUUAGCUAUAAAUUGCGGAUGUGAGAAUUGCAUAUAUCCUGAUGCAGAUGACUGUGCAAGAUACUAUGUCUGCUUAAAUGGCUGUGCUUAUGACAUGCAGUGCAAUGACGGUCUUCAGUUCAAUGCAGAAACUUUAACGUGCGACUAUGAAGAACAGGCUGCUUGCGCAAAAUCUUCAGAAGAAUGUCCAACUCCCAAUGGUUACAUUAAAGAUUCAGAUAAUUGUUCAAGGUACUUUCACUGCGUAGGAGGAAUUGCUUACCGAAAGACGUGCGAAGAUGGGCGACAUUUCAACGAAGUUACAGAACAAUGCGAUGAUCCAUGUUCCGCUGGUUGCGAUUCUUAUGCUUGCAUGAAAGCGUCUACUUUACAACCUUCUCCCGUAUGCGAAGAUGGAGACGAGUUUUAUCCGCAUCCAGAAAACUGUAAUGCCUUUUAUACAUGUUUUAAUGGCAGAGCUGAGCUUGCAUUUUGUACCGAUGACGAACACUUUAGCCCUACAGCCCGUAUGUGUCAAGAACCUUGCGAAGCUUUGUGUGAUCAUUCGCUUGAUUGCGUCAAAACUUCAGAAGGAGUAACAGAGUCAACAACUGAAAUGAUUACAGCAAAAACGGAUGCAUCCAGUUAUGUCGAAUCUACUACAAACUUCGUUUUUACUUCACCAAUAUUACAAACUACGGAAGAUGAAACUACGGAAGAAUCUUCAACAAGCGAGAGAUAUCUGUCCAAUGACACAAGUACUAAUGCCGUAUCUUUGACUAGUGAAGUGGUAACUACCGAAACUACUUUUGGAAUGACUAGCGAUAUUCCGUCUGAAUAUCCUCUCACACAUAGUACGGAACAAAAUUCGGUUGAACCAACUACGCCUUCCGUUUGUGGUACUUCUGAUGGUUUUUACCCUAAGCCUGGGGAUUGCAGCUCCUUUAUUAAUUGUACAUCUGGAAUACCUACCGAACAAAAAUGUGACAGCCAACUGCACUUCAGCCCAAGGACAUUAAGAUGUGAAUAUCCAUGUUUUGCUGAGUGUGAUCCCUCAUUAGAUUGCUCUUCAACGGAGGUUCCAGAUCAACUGUUCAACUUGUGCCCUAAAAAAGAUAUAUUACCCGGAAGAGAAUGUAAUCGUUACAUAAAUUGCACCGGAGAAAAACCUUUCACACGAAAAUGUCCAAUUGGUUUGCAUUUUAAUCCGACAACUCGAGUUUGUGAUUGGUCCACAAGCGCUGGGUGUGGAAAAUCAAGCAGUUACCCAGAUGUGGACAACUAUUACAAGUGUCCAUGCGAAACCUGCAUCAUACCAUCGAUGGAGAGUUGUGCGAAAUAUCAUCUAUGUAUUGGAUACGUAGCAUACACCGCUAAGUGCUCUGAUGGAUUACUCCUUGACAAUAUUCUGAACACGUGUAAUCGUGCAUCUAAAGUGAAGUGUGAAGAAGGUACAAAGCAGCCAACAACCACACCACUACCAUCUUCUACUGUUUCCACUACAGAAAAAGCAACAACAGCAGCAGAAACUUUUAAAUGUUCAACGAAAGAUGGAUAUUUCCAGAAAUCGGAUGACUGUGGAAAAUUUAUUCAAUGUGCUAACUGGCGUCCUUAUGUUAUGAAAUGUCCAUCCAUGCUUCACUUUAGUAUGAAGACAUUGCGAUGUGAAUAUCCCUGCGAUGCUAAAUGCGACUUGAGUUUAGCGUGCUCAAAUGCAUCUAAACCAGGCACAGCGGAUAAAAUUUGUGCAUGUCUCAACUGUAAAGUCAAGGACCCAGAAAGCUGUACUAAUUACUUUGAGUGCAAAAAUGGCAAAGCUCGAAGAUUGUUUUGUCGACGUGGGCAAACAUUCGAUUCUGAACGCGGCAUUUGUGAUUGGGCACAUAAGGUGAAAUGUCACAGUCAGACAUGUCCUAAAAUGAACGGACUCUUUCCUCACCGAGACAACUGCCGAAAGUUUCUCCAUUGCGCCAACGGAAUACCAUACAUCAACGAAUGUCACAAUAAUUGGGAAUUCGAUCCAGUUGCUUUACGUUGUUCCUGGCCUUCAGGAAGAUGCGGGAGUACGACUCCACAACCAUCAACACUUAAACCCCGAACGAAAUCUCUAAAGGAUUUUGACUGUCCAAAGAAUUUUGGAGUCUUUAGAGAUGAAGAAAACUGCACCCGAUUUUAUCACUGUAGCCAUGGUAUAGCUUUCGCAAAAGAAUGUCCAGAAGGUCUUGCAUUCAACCCUAAAUCUCAGACUUGCGACUGGAAGAAGAAUGUGAAAUGUGAUUCAAACAGAUAUCAUCAUCAAAGACGCUGUCGGGUAUAUGAUCGUCAUACCACCUGUCCUCAGAGCCGUGUCAACAUACGGCAUUCCAACUGCGAUAUGUUCUAUGAGUGUUCGACGGGGUCAGCCUGCGGAAAACGGUGUCCAGUUGGUCUGUAUUUUAAUUCAACGACGGCUGUUUGUGACCGCCCAGAAAAUGUACAGUGUUACAAAGAUACAAAUGAAAUGUACAGUUUGAGAGACUUUGCAAAGACUUGUUAUGAAACAGGUGAAGGAUAUAUGAACGAUCCAGCUAUGGUCCACUGCUUCUAUCGGUGCCACCACGAGAAAGUCGUUCGUGGCUGUUGUCCACGGAAUGCUGUCUACAAUGAGAAGAAAGAUAAAUGCGAAAUCCAACGUCGAAAACUGUUUUUCUUUUCUACAAACGAAGUCUUGCGAUCUAAUUGUCAAGCGGGAAUCUGUGACGACAGGCCAGAAUGCCCGGAAUCAACUUGUCGAUGCAUUUUUCCAAGUAAUGUGGACUGUUCUGUGUAUUACCAGUGUGUUAAUGGCGAGCCUCUUCGACACAAGUGUUCGGAUGGACUUUUAUUCAACACAGAGAAACUUUCUUGUGAUUACAGCAGUAAUGUGAAUUGCAGCAUGCCUGUUUCUACAAGCGCUGCUACAUCAGUAUCUGAUAACGGCAUUACUUUAAACAUUACUCAAGAAUUUUCAACUGUUGAAUCAACUGUAUCAGCAAACGUUGAUGAACAGACAGAAACAGCUUCAAGAAAAUCUAGAGACAUUACUAAAAUUAGUACUGAUUCAUCAAAAGAAACUACCAGUAUUGAGACAGGGCAAACAGACUACAACACAAAUUUUCCUGCUUCCAGCACUACUAUUUUAUCAACAACAACAGAAAAUAUAGAUGAAACUACAUCAGCAUCGGAAGAAUUUACGAUAGCUCAAAAUGGAACCGAAUCCUCCUCAACUUUAGUUUCAAUAAACGUUACUGAAACAUCAACAUUAACUACAACUUACUCUGUUACAGAUACUUCAGAAAGUACAAUUGAUUUGAAAACAGUUGCUCCAACAACCGACAGUUCAAUUACUACAACAGCAGAAAAUGUAGAUAAAACUACAACUGUAUCGGAACGUAUUGAAACUUCGAUUAAUAUAACAGAACCAUCCUCAGUUUCAGUUUCAAUAAACAGUACAGAACAAAUACUUACAACUGAUUCUGGUGAUGAAUCUUCAGAAGGUACAACAGGUUUGAAAACGGAAACUGCAGCAAUUGGCAUUUCAGUUCUUACUACUCGAAGUACAUCUUCCCCAACUAAUAACAGUACUAUAACUGAAAAUAAUACUAAUACUUCUACUACGAUCUCAGAAGAGACAGAAACUCUUCAACCGAUUUCAACCAAGGUAACACAAAAUGUAAGCAGCACAUUCAUUCCACUUUCAACAACAUUUAAAACUUAUGGUACUGAUCAAACAAUUACUCAAUCAGAUGAAACUACAACAACGGAAGUUUCAAAAAUCACAAAAUUUUCCACUUCAAAUUAUUCAGAAAAAAAUACAGAAACCAGUGAAAUGACAGAUAUUCCAACAACUACGACGUCACCUACUUCCACAUUCUUUUUAAGCACAAAUGCUUCGAUUCUGACCACAGAUAAUCUUACUGAAAUUACAGAACAGCCUAUAAGUGUCACUUCUCAAAAUCCAUCAAUAUACAAGUCUUCAACAUUGCCUUCAUCUUCGACAGAAAAUGAUAGCACUACCAAAACAAAACACAAUAUUGUAAAUAUUUCAACUGUCACACAAGUAGAUUCAACAACACAAACAAAAAACGAAGAAAGAUUCGAGUUCACUUGCCCGGAACGUUUUGGACUCUACCCAGAUCCAUAUAACUGCACAAAGUUUUUUCACUGUUCUCAUUUUACACCUUACCAGAAAGACUGUCCUUCAAAUCUUCAUUUUAACGCUGAGUUGCAAGUUUGUGAUUGGCCGUACCGAGCUGAAUGUGAUUCUUCCACUGAAAUUGUUACCACCACAGAAACUACCUCUAAUGUGCCUGAAACGAACAAUACACUAACGUGUAGUUGUGAUUGUUGUGAGCUACCUGUGCUUGAUGACUGCAGUUCAUAUAUACUGUGCAUAAACCAUGAAGGACGCAAAAUAACAUGCGAUGAAGGAUUAGAUUUUAAUCCCAUGACCAGUACCUGCGAUUUGAAAGAAAAUGUCGAAUGUGAAUCGAAUAUUCAAUGCCCGUCAGCAACAGGAACAUUCUCAUAUCCUCACUCUUGUACACACUAUUUAGAAUGUUUUAAUGGAACAAAAAUUGUGAAGCAGUGUCCUGAAGAAUUGAAUUUUGAUUCCCUGUCUGAAAACUGCAGUAGGACGAACUGUGAAGGCAUAAAAUCAUCUACAACCAAGACAUAUUUUACGACUCUCACUUCUGAAACAAAAAAUAUUACAAACUAUGGAACAAGAUCUACAAAUUUGGAAACUGAUGUAACCAAAGGCAUUGAAAACACUUCACAGUCCACAGAAGCUCCUUAUACUUCCACAACUUCAAAUACUCCAGAAGUAUCUGAAACAACAAAUACUGUAAUACAUAGUACUGAUAAAAGAGCAACUAAUUCUACUGAAGUUCUGAUUACCACAAAAAGUAUAACAAUUUAUCCAGAAGAAAGAACAAAAACCAAUUCUCCUUCGACUGCUCCAAUAACGACGGAUGCUAUUUCAACUGAAGACGACAAUGAAACACUGGUCCCAACAUCUCAGCAGGUGACGAAUACACACACGGAAAUUCCAAACGUUGAUGAUGCAACAAAUACAACUCUUCCAGACCAUGAAAUUACCCAGACAGAAACCAAAAC